GCCCGGCGGAGGAGGAACCGGAGGAGGAGAGGAGGAGGUGCCCGAGGUCUCAGGGACGACCGGUCGCGCGGAGGCGUCUGGAGCUGGCGUCGUGCUCGGGGAGCUGCCCGAGGCCGGGCCCCAUCCUGCAUAUGUGGCUCUACCGCAGUCGAGCCCGGUAAAGUUGGGUCCGCUGUCAUCCUUUGCUUCCCUGAGGGGGUAUCUCUCUACCCCGUCUCGCCCCUCUUCGUGCCCUCCUGCGUUGUAUAGCCACUUUGGCUUAGGAUACGACUCCGUGGAGUCACUGAGUUGAUGCGUGGAGCCUUUCGAUAAACAAGUUUAUCUCCACACUAACCCUUUGUCUUUCCAUUGGCCCGUCGACCCUGUGACAAGCUCAGGGCGUUCCCAAGACUGGCCCCACCGCCAACGGACCCUCUGUCAAGGACAUCAUGCCGGGAAAUAUCUAUAUGAAUAUGAACCGCCCCCUGAGCCAGGUGCUUGUCAAGUUCACAGGGCAGUCGUUCUUGAUGUGGAUGUGCUGUGCUUUCUUAUCGAAUAUGUGUGACACGAGAGUGCCGUACCUAAAAUGCUCAGCAGCAAGGUUGCAAGUCACAUGUAUCGUUCUGAUUGCGCUGCCUGUAUUGCAAGCCUUGAUUCGGGCUGACUUGGGGAAAGAAUUUUUUGAACAUCGAGCGAGUUGGAUGGCGCUUGUGCGUUCUCGUGAGCAUAAGCUCGGCCCCACCCUUGUGGUGACGAGCCGCCUCGAGAUAUGCGACCGCUUGAUGAUGGAUUUCCUAGUGAACCCGGUCUACCGAGGAAUCAUCGUUUUUACCAUGCACUCCGUGUGUCUCUUCGAGACGUACCUCGAUCUGGUCUUGAACGUCUUCGCACUGAGUUUUAUCACGAAGCUCGACGAGGAGACUGGCGACAUCACUGCUAUCCACUUGCUCGACGAUGAGCGCGACCGGCCAGUGCAGGGGUCGCCUCUCGGAGCGGAGGAACCCGUUGGUGAAGACGGUGAUGGAGAUCAUCCGUCGCGUGCGGGAGUACGCUAGGGGAGAGGUGGUUUCAGAUCCCGCUCCGGCGACGAGGAAGCUGCAGGACCGUUUUAAGCAGCUCGAGCUCUUUAACAAGCGGAGUUCAUGCGGCGCCCUGUUGUUGUGGCUCGCUUGGCGACAGAAAUCACGAAUGUUCAAUCUGCCACCGCGGCGCGGACCUGAUGGUAUAAUGCCGCUGCACUUUCAUGCCCUUUCCUUUCCAAGUGAGGCAUCUUAACAAUUCCGCUCUCACCUCCUCCCCCUGGGGCGCAGACUCGGUCAGAAGCCAGAAGCAUCGGCCCAUUCUCUUACCUUCGCAGGUCUCUACCACGCCUCCGCCGACGGGGGGUCGGGUGUGGGGCCCUGGACCCACGCGCGCGCUGCGACAAUCUUUUACCUCCGUAGCUCCACGCCUCGCACGGGGACGCAUUGAGGAUGCAGCGCUGCUGGGAGAGAGACAAAAAAACAUGCCGCCGAAAGCCUCUUGGAGGCCCCAAGAGGUCCGACGAUUACCCAAGCGGCCCCCAGGACCCCCCCCGAAAGGCCCCCCAAUGAGCAGGGAACCUUUCGCGUGACUUGAUUUCGGGCCCUGUUUCGGUCCUUUCCCGGCGGCCUCCCUGGGGAAGCUCUGCUGGAUCCCUCGUCCCUUCUCCUCGUCUUUCCCUCUGAGGGUGAUCCCCCUGGGGCGUACCUUUGGGCCAGCGGCGUCGCCGCCGUGUCGUCGUUUUGGCCCGAGGGGACUCGGGGGCGUCUGUUCUCUUCCCGCUCUUCCAUCCCUCCUCUCUCGUCCCUCUUCCUCUCCGUCCAUCUUUCCCCCCUUACCCCUCCACUGCUCGCCCUCUUCCAUCUGUGCCUGCGCGAGGACAAGAUGAGGAAGCAAGGAGGACGAAAUCGGCG